GCGGGGAAAGCAGAGGGGAAAGGGAAAGGACCUGGCCGAGGUGGAAGCAGCAGCAGCACCACAACAUCACGACAACGAAAAAAGCAAGGGAAACAAAGUGCUUCUGCAAGUGGGAAUAGCACGAGUGGUGGUCAAGCAUGUGGGUCUGGGCUCAAGCGGGGAAGAAGCGGAACUGAGAGUCCAUCUGAUUAUCCACAGUCCGUUUUCCCACGCAGACGGUCUGGUGCCUUUUCAGAAAGCAGCCGACGCCAUCACCGUUUGAAGCGUCUCAAUUCUCGGCACCACAAUGACCGGUGGCAGUACCCCUCACCGCAGGCAAACUGGCGGCAGUAGCACCACCACCGGCAACUUGUUUUCAACGAAGCCUGACCCACCUGGCUUGCGCUCAGCACUUGCUUCACAUGACCCAAGGCAUCCACCAAAAGCCACCUCCAGCAGUAAAUUCCGUAGUCUCAAAAUCGGUCAGAAACGCCCAGCGUCUGAAGGGCCAGGUCCAACGCCACAAGCUAAACGGGUGCAAACCAGCACAACAGGGCAGCCUUCGACCGGGAGCCCGCUGCUACGAAAGACCUAUGUCCCCGUAAUUCCCACGCAAUCCACUCUUCCCGUAUCACAAUCCGCCGCCACCUCGCACAGCAGCCUCUCACCUGGGCCCACCGGUGUUUCAGCGGUUUCUACACCAGAGGCCACCAGCCUCCUACUCUCACUCAAUGUUACACCCGAACUUAUUCCAACUGCUCUCAAAUUCGCAACAACCUCGCACGCACAGCAACAGGUCUGGCUAUUUGCUGAAAUCCAGGAGUUGAAACAGCAAAUUCGAAUCGGUCAGAGAAUGUCGGUUGCAUCCUGGGAGCCAAACAGGGUAUGGGGCUGAGCGUUGUAUGGGAGUGAGCGUUGUCUAUCUAUUAAUACUCGCAGUGGUUAAACAUUUCAUAUUUUC